UCAAACUUAAACAAAUUCGAAAUACUGUAUACUUUUCGACUCUCUUUCAAACAGAUCUUUGGAGGGGCUUGGGCUAGGACGUUGGUGGUGAUGACAGCCAGAUGCGAUUAUGUACUGUGAGCAGCCGCCUCAGAAGCCGGAGAAGAACACCUGUCGCUGCAAGAACUGUGUGCUAAGGCACUCCGAUAUUCUUCCCUGGCCGGAGCCCGUUGGAUUCAUGGCUGAACGCAAAAAUGAUAAGGACAACAUCAAUCGCAUGUCCACAUUUCAAUCGGCAGACAGUGUGGUUACCAUUACGGAAGCCAAUGAACGGCAUACCGAUCAUAACAAAAAACAUCGCAAUAAUCUGAAUGAUACGGCUUAUACCCCAAAUCGAAGUGGCAUCAGCACUCCAGUUUAUGAUGUAGAUCCUUCUUCCAUUCGCAGUUCCCUAGUUCCCAAUGAAGGCAAUACUCCACCUCGCAAAGGUGGAAACUCACCAUCACGGACAACAACACAGCCUCCAGCUCAACCCACCAUCCUGCUGAUCGUAGUCAACAAGAACGAUCCACCACCGUACGGCCAAGAACGUAGUGCGGAAUAUCAAGGCCAACGAUAUUCAAGUGCGGGAUCCAGGGGAUAUCCAGGUCCGGGAUACAGGAGAUAUUCAGGUCCGGGACCCAGGGGAUAUCCAGGUCCGGGACCUAGGGGAUAUCCAGGUCCGGGAUCUAGAGGAUAUCCCGCUCCGGGAUCUAGAGGAUAUCCCGCUCCGGGAUCUAGAGGGCUGCCAAGUCCGGGAUCUAGAGGGCUGCCAAGUCCGGGUGGUGGACAACAAGGCUAUUAUUACCCACCGCCAGGACCUGGAAAUGGAACUGGACCCAGGGGAAGACCAAGACCUCAGAAUGAGCAAGAACUUGCUUACUAUGACAGGCGCCGAUACAGCGAAUCUUAUCAGCCAGGUUGGAAUAGAUAUCGGGAAGACUGGAGGGGGCAGCCAGGAAGAUACCCCGAAGAUGUCUAUGUCGAGGAACAUAACUUUACUAGCCAACCCGAAGCCCGAAUAAAUUGCCAGUGUCCAGACUCGGAAAAACUACAGGUUCCCCCCGAAACACAAGCAUCUCGUCCAGAAACGGAUGUACACAAACCUACCAAAAGAAGGAGCCUAAAGCGCCUGGUGGGCAGAGGAGUUGGAUUUACUUGCAAUUGCCAAGGUCAAAAUCCGAUGGCAAGUAAUCUGAACGAACUGGAAAAUCAAGAACCAAGAAGAAACAUGGGAAACAUGGAAACGCCACCCAAUACUAUAGACUAUGUAUCGGAUAGGGCAAGUCCGCCGGAUAUUCGGGAAGUAAUUGUGACCGAUGCCAAAAACAAGACGUACAAAUGCAUACAGGUGCCAAUUUGUAUCUCAACUGGCAAACCGGAUACCUGUCGCUGUUGCAAGUGUGCUCCAUCUCCCGAUACGCUAAACGAUGAAUCUUUCGACGAGGAUGCGGAGUGCACGUGCAAUCGACAGGGUAAAUGCACCUGUGUGGCCGGCAGUGAUUUACCCGAAGACUUCGGCUGCGAAUGCGAUCUCACCAAUCUGGAGCAAACUCUGCGCAAACUGAUACCCAAUGCCGAGUGCAUAUGCUACUUGAAGAAGAAAAAGCGGCGCCGAAAGCAAAAGAAGUGGUACCCCCCAGUAUACUACGACCGGUUCGCCAGUCCCCCGUUUGUCCUCAAUCCAAAGCCGCGAAGCCUGGAGUUCGGGCGCAGUCCAUACUGCAACCAGUGCUGCAAUCCCUGCAGCUGUGCUCCUGUCGCAAGGAGCUGUUACACCUGUGACUACAACUGUGGAGGAGCUUGUGGCUUUUGAAGCCGCCCCCGACGAAUUUAAAUGCCAGCUAUAACCUGUACAGAUCCGCAACAUUUAGUUAGCUGUCGCCAGAAAGCUUCAUAUAAGUAGUUUUCUGGCGGCUAAUAAAAUAUUCAUAAUUCGCUAUUAUAACAAGUGCUAUUAUAUAUACAUAUAAGAAAUAUGUGCCCCUUUGGAACCCAAGUAAAUCCUAAUGAAUCACUGUA